CUCUUUGUCUCCACCAGUCAGCGCCUCCUCCUCCUCCUCCUCCUCCCGCUGCUGCUCGUCCUCCCUGUAGUCUCAUUCCGAGUCUCUCUCCAUCAGCAGCGGUCUGGAUGCUUGCAGGGACGGAAACAUGGCUGUGAAUCUCAGCAACAACCGACUGGCCCUGCUGACCGCCUACCAGGACGUCAUUGACGAGACCACGGACACCGACUGGGCCUUGUACACAUACGAGGAUGAAAGUAACGAUUUGAUGCUGGCAGCAUCUGGAGGAGGUGGUCUGGCAGAGAUCACGGUGACCUUUGACAGCGGCAGGGUGAUGUACGGCUUCUGCAGCCUGAAGGAGCCCGCGGCUGCUCUGCCACGAUACAUCCUCAUCAACUGGGUUGGAGAUGACGUGCCAGAUGCCAGGAAGUGUGCCUGUGCCAGCCAUGUCGCCACCAUUGCAGACUUCUUCCAGGGGGUGGAGGUCAUCAUCAAUGCCAGUAGUCUGGACGACAUCGACCCCAUGGCCAUCGGGCAGCGCCUAACCAAUGGGACGGCAGCAGUGGCGAGCCCAGUCCUUAGCCGUCUGAGGACCCGAGAUGAAGAGCACGCAGACGUGGGCACAGUGUACGAGAAGACCAAUGCAGAGGUGGAGAUGAAGAAAAUCAAUAGACAGGAGUUUUGGGAACAGGCCAAGCGUGAAGAGGAGAUGAGGAAGGAGGAGGAGCGGAAGAAGGCAGUGGAGGAGCGGCAGCGCUUCGAGGAAGAGCGAAUGGAACUGGAGAGGAAAGAGCAGGAGAACCGAGAGAAGAGGUACCGCGAGAGGGAGAGGCAGAUCGAGGAGCACAGAAAGAAGAUGCUGGAGGAGGAAGAGGCCAAAGAGCGGUUGCGAAAUCAGACCCCCAUAGUAGCAGAGCCAAGCAUCGAGGACCUCAACCUGGACAAGAAGGAGUCUGAGGUGGAGGAGGCAAAGGCCAUCAUUGCUCAGCGGUCAGGAAACCCUCGAGAGUUUUUCAAGCAGAAGGAGAGAGCCAUGACCAUCAGCGUCGACACUUCACCCGUCUCCAUCCACAGGACCGGCCGUUUGGACAGCCCAUUCUUGAGGCAGCAGCACAGUCCCAGCAGCCCCAGUCCGACCCCCCCACACCGGGGCGCGUCGCCCCUCCGCACCCCACCACACGCACGGACGCAGCCCACCGCUGCAGCCGGGGACAAUGACGACGACGCGAGGACAGAGUGCAACAUGGCCACCAUGUCACCCAUUCCUAAAAUAGUCACCACACCUAUCAAAGAGGACUUCAGCAGGGACGAGGAGGAAGACCGCAUAGAUGAGUGGGAUUCGAUGCCAAAGCAGGAGCAGAAACCUCCAGUCCAGGAGUCAACACCCACCAAACCCGUGCAGAGUGUCGCCCCGCAGGCCCGCAACUCCUCCGGUUUCGAGUCCGGCACUGACAGCCUGGUCGACCUGUGGGAUGGCGGCUCUGGCCCUCCAGCCAACAUCGCCCAAACCACUGAGUCCUCUGAUCUAGUGGACCUAAUGGGAGAUGUCCUCCAUGACAACACCCUGCCCAGCACUGCUGCCGCCAGUGGGCGGCCUCAGCCGCUCCUCAGCUUUGAUGAGAUGAUGGACGGCACUUUCUGCUCGGGCCCUGGCGCCGAGGACAACCCGUCCAGUUUGGUGGACGUGACAGGUUCUGAUCAGAUGACCCUCAGCUACCAGCAUGCACUACAGCAUGCGUCUGGGGAGGGUCAGGAGCUGGAUGACGGACAGCUGCUGAUGACCAAUGGGGAGGCGCUGCUGAAAGAAGGCACUCAGGCGAGUGAGGGCUACUUCAGCCAAUCACAGGAGGAGGAAUUUGGGACAUCAGAGGAGUCGUCAGCUAAACCUGCACCGGUCUUCUAUAACAAGCCACCAGAGAUUGACAUCACAUGCUGGGACACGGACCCUGUGGUUGACGAUGACGAGGACUAACUGGCCAAUCUGACACCUACACCACCACCGGACCAAGAGGAAGUAGGAAGUGCGCUUCAUGAAGAAUUUUUUCUAAAAAAAAAAUGAAAAUAAAUAAAUGAAAAAAAGUAAUAAUAACAAGUCUUGCAUCAAAACUACUUCUGUAUUAUCUUUUAGAAUCAGUAGCCACAAAAAAAAAGACAAGGUUUGAAUUGAAGAUGGUUUGGAAAGAAUUUUUUUUCUGUGUGGUUAUUUUAUUUAUUUGCUGUUUUCUUUCUUUCUUUCUUUUUUUUUUUGCUAUGCAUAUGUAUUAGCUGGGGAGCUGGGGUAUUUUUUUUUUUUUUGUUUGUGUACAUAAUUACACGUAGCGCACUGCUGCAUUUUAGAGACAAUGAAGCCCGGCGUGUGGUCAACACGCUUAGUCUGUAGAACUUCAGUAACACCCUAUAAAACUAAUACAGCCGAUCAAUACAGCUGCCAUGUAUAUCUUUACUCUGUUCUCUUCUUACUUCGUUUUCACCUCCCUCCUUCCUCCCUUCCCACCUGAAAAAUAUUCACCUCUACAAGUCAGUUAAUCUUGUAUUUAGACCUCACUUUACAGAAAAAGGUGAAAUAUUUUAUUUAUUCUGGUGUUUCUGAGCAGAAAUCUGUUCUCCAAGUCAAACUGUGGCUCCUUUUUGACCUUUUUCACUCCUUUUGUAUGAUUUUACUGACUGAAUUCAAGAUUAAAUGGCUUGUGAAUCCUUUCGCUUUUUUCAGUGCACUUUUCUUUCUUAUUCCACCACAUUGUGGAUGAACUGCAGCUCCACCCUCAGCCCUCCCCUCUGAUUCCAUAAAGCUUCAUAUUUUUAGCCCACUUAUAUUCUUUACACAAGCAAAAAAAAAAAAAAAAAAAAAAAAAAAAGCUGUUUUUGCAUCAAAUCUAGAAGAAUUUACUGUAGAUAUUUUUCCAGUUUUUUAGGCGAGAUAGGCUUUGAGGUGUGAAUUUGUAUGAUUCUCAUUGUUCUGUAGAAAAUUUUCCCAAAAACUUAAAAAUAAGAUGUUUGUGGAUACAAGGGAAGGCAGGAUGGAUGCCUUAAUCGAUGUUUUUGUUUUUUUAACAGCAUCAACAGUGAGCAGAGCUACCUAACAUUAGCUAAAGGAGUCAAGGAAUUAUUUAUUUUUAAUCAAUAAUCAAACUGCACAACACAAUACAAGUUUCUCUUAAGGAUAGAAAAAAUAAACUGAUGUGGCUUCAAAAAGGAUUUUGGUAGCAACAAAGUUAGAAAGGAUGUACCUAACUGUUGUUAGCUAGCAAAUUAUGCUAAUGCUAACUCCUAUUACCCAGAUAAAAAUCCAUUUAAAAAAACAAAAAAAACACAGAACAUCUGGCCAUAUGUUUUCAGAUGGCUAAAGUUGGGCCAAAACUGGAGAUAAUAUAACCAAGACUUUUUCUGGGGCUUAGAGAAACUUUUCAUGGCUAAUGCUAGCUUGCCUGCUAACAACUGCCAGCUGCAGGUUGAGUGUAGCAGAACACUAUCUUGAGUAGAUCAAAUAAACUCCCAGGGCAGAGCUACCUUUAAAAAAAAAAAAAAAAAAAAAGCUUGCUGUAAUAAAUUUUUUAUUAGCUAAUGUUUUAGACUAACUGUAGUAACGGUUUAUAGCAUAGCUAAGUUGUGCCUAGCUGAAUUACAUUUGACUGUAAAUGCUAGUUAGGUUAGUGUGCAUUACUGAGUAGAUGCCUUUUCUUUUAUAUAUUAGCAAUGCUAGCUAACAUUAGCCAAAAGAAUCCUGUCAUCACAUAUUGUUAAUAAAUAAAUAAUUUCCCAGCACAACACAAAUUUCACAUCAGGACAAAAACGAAACACUGAUGUGGCUUCAAAUAGGAUUUUGGUAGCAAGGAAAAAAGCUAAGGUUAAUCAGCUAACUGUUAGUGAAUUAGCAAAUAUGCUAAUGUUGGCUACUGUUAGCCAAAAGAAAAUCAGUUGAAUUAAAAUCAUCUGGUCAAACGUUAAUGUGAAUGAAGUCUUUUUUUUGGGGGGGGGUCUUAAAAUUAACCCAGAGCUAGCUUUUUUAUGGCUAAUGUUAGCGAAGGAUAGCUAAACUAUAUUGAACUGUAAAUGCUAGUUAGCUAGCCUGCAAUACUGGAAGGAUAGCUUUUCCUGACUUUUAGAAACAGUAAUAAUAAUGUUGAUUUCAGGCAAACAACUGAUUGCUAACUUGGGUGAAAUGUUAGCAAUCAGGUAUAAGUUUGUAUGGCCUUUGUUUUAAUCUGCGCACAGAGCCAGAUGUUCAGGACUCAUCGCAUCAGCUUAAAUCAGCUGCUAAUUAAGAAAACUGAUAAUUAUACACACCUGCACACAUUUAUUAAAUUAGAAAUUAAACGGAGUAAAGCCUGCAAGUCAGUCCAGACAGACUCGAACAUAACACCCAUUAACACUCACAUCAUAAAUGCUUCCUCAAGUACUGAUCUACUUAAGCUCCAGAAUUUUACAUCACCACCUCCUGGUGCUGUCUUGUGGUACAAAGUGGUAUUACACAAAAGUGCAGCCCAGCCCUACUUCAACUGACUGGAUAUCUCUUUAACACAGUUCAUAGAUGUUUUUAAGUAAAAUGUCGCAAUCAGAAGGGGACCUGGAGAGGAAAAUAGGCUCAAAUAAAGUGUGAAAAUAUUUUCAGAUUCAAAUUAAGUAAAAAAAAAUCUGAAAAAGUUGCAGGAUUUGUGUGAAAACCUUCCUAAUGUCUGGCGCUCCGAGCAGGUUAAAACCCUGAAGAUGGUUUUGAGAAGCUCUCUAACCCACAUUUGUUGCCCUUCUGCUUUUCUUCUGUGCCAUUUCAAGCAGUAUAGUAUUUUUUUUAUUGAUGUGCUGUUUUGGAAGCUGUUUGGAGUUUGAGGUGGAGCGCGCUGAGACUGGAGGCGUGUGUGUUUUUAAUACCUGUUUAAAAAAAAAGUGUGCUAGAGUUGAUUUUCAGGACCUUUUUGGAUAUUAGCACCAACAGUGUAAGUCAUUUUGCUGUACAUCCCUGUAGAAAAUAAAAACUCUGAGGCAAUAA